AGGAGAAAGGGAGACAGACGCCAAGUCCCACACAGAGAGAGCUGUGCCGAGGAGGAUUCACCUUUACUUCACUGAGAAUCUCCUGAAGGAGUGUAGAAAGGAAGAGAAAUUUGGUUCAGGUGGACACACUGACAUUUCUGGACAUCAUGGAGGGAGGAACACUCAGCCAGGAUACAGCCGAGUCUCCAGGGACGACCAAUCAGACUGACACAAACAACAAUGAAGAGACAGGUGAGCCAGAGCAGGUGGAAAAUAAAGAACCCGUGACCACAGGAGAAAGUCCAGGGCUAAUGGAUGUGGGUGAGAAGGAGGAGGAAAGUGCUGCAUCAGAGAUUGUAGGAGAAGAGAUGGCCAUUAGUGGUGAGACGAACAAACCCCAGACGACGUCAACGCCUGCUCAAAGUGAGAGUGAAGAGACCGGACAAGAUAAAGACAAACCAUCUACUGGUGAUGUUGCGAAGGAUUCCGAAACAACAGGGGAAGAAACUAAGGAAAAGGGAAAAGCGGAAGCAGACGAGAAGAAAGAGGCUCAAAAGUCUGGUGAGGAUGAAAAGGAGACAAAGGACAAAAACAAAGACAGAGAGAAGAGUAAAUCUGAGAAAGAGGGGAAAGAUGUCGCUGACAAAGAGGCCAAAGGUGUGGAGAAGAACAAACAAGUCAAGGAGGCCGAUACAGACACGAAAGAUAAAGGAAAAACAAAGGAGGCAGAAAAACAGGGGAAGCCCAGAAGAAAGGCUGGUCCUCCCUCCUCUGUAGCCAGACCGAGGCAAUCGGCACGCUCGAUUAGAGCCGCUGCUAGAAACGACAUCAUUGCUAAGUUCCAACAAGGUGCACCAGAGACACCGAUAGCCCGCAACUUCAAAAUCCAAAAGUCAUCAACGGCUGCAGCUACAGGAGCUUCAAUCAAACAGAAGAUGCUUCAGUGGUGUCGAAGCAAGACUCGCAAGUAUGAGGGUGUCGACAUAGAAAACUUCUCCUCGUCCUGGUCUGACGGGAUGGCGUUUUGUGCUCUGAUCCAUCGUUUCUUCCCAGAAGCUUUUGACUAUAAGUCACUGAAUCCAAAGGACAGGAAGAAAAACUUCACACUGGCCUUCGAAACUGCAGAGACUCUGGCUGACUGCUACCCUUUGCUGGAAGUGGACGACAUGAUCAUGAUGGGGUCCAACCCAGACCCCAUGUGUGUUUUCACUUACGUCCAGUCCCUCUGCCACAGCCUCUCGAAAAUAGAGAAGGAGAGGAAAGACAAAGAAGAGAAGGAAAAGGAGAAAACUGGCAAAAAAGAAGACGAAAACAAAGAAGACAAUGAAGAGUCAGAGGUGUUGGAGAAGAAUGAGGAAGAAUCUGCUGAGACAGCAGACAGUCAAGUGGAGAAGGAAGCAGACGACGUGGCGGCAGAGGGACCCAGAGAGGAAGAUCAGCCACUGAAAAGUUGUGAGGUGGAAGAAGGUGAGAGUCUGCUGGCUGAUACAGAAUCCUAGAGGAAUGCUCACGCCAAACAAAGAGACUGUAAAGACCAAAAUGAUUGCUGCUGGUUGUACAAUGAGUAAGUCUUAGUUUGUUGUUGAAUCGAUGACAGUAAGCCACAUGAGGUCGAAGCUCAGCUCAGUAAUGUCCCACAGAAAGUGUGUUUGCAAAUGGACGGUACUGUGUGUAUUUUAAAAUUCACUUUUGAGUUUUUGUCUAUGUUUUGAACACAGAAAACUGAUAUGUUUGUUUUUACAUUACUUACUGUGUGUUUAUGGAUUAAAAAAUAAUUGAAUAAUAUGAAUAAUAAAGUUUUUUGGGUGUC